AAUUAAACAAAUUUGUGGAGUACGUAGCGGUAGAGCCAUCCACCAUGGCUGACACCCAAUACUACCUCUUCCUUCUCUUCUGUUUCCUCUCACCAGUCCUACUGAUAUUGCUUUUCAACAAGCUUGCCAAGCCAACAAACGGCCGGGGCAACCACCCUCCGAGCCCACCCGCCCUCCCACUCAUCGGUCACCUCCACCUCGUCGGAGAAUUCUUUCACACAUCCCUGCAAAACCUCGCCACCCAAUACGGCUCUAUCUUCUAUCUACGCCUCGGUUUUUCCAAUUGCUUCGUUGUUUCAUCGGCCGCGUUGGCCAACGAGAUUUUCAAAACCCACGAUCUUGAUUUCGCGCAGCACCCCAAGGUAGGUUUCGCCGAUGAAAUACCGUACGGCAGGUUUGGAUUCUUCACCGCCCCAUAUGGUGAAUAUUGGCGGCAUAUGAAGAAACUGUGCAUGACGGAGCUGCUCUCACCCGGACAGCUUGAACGGUCGCGGGUUGUCCGAGAGGAAGAGCUCGCCCGGUUUGUGCGUGUGUUGCUUGCUAGUGCUGAGAAAAAAGAGGUUGUGAAUAUGGGUGUUGAGCUCAUGAAGCUCACAAAUAAUAGUCUGUGCUCCAUGGCAUUGAGCACCAGGUGUUCGGAGAAAGAUGAUGAAGCUGACAAGAUCAGGGGGUUCAUGAAAUCCGCGUAUGAGAUUGGUUCGAAGGUGCUUAUUGGGGAUGUAAUGGGGCCACUGAGUAGAGUUAUUUUUUGGCUGUACGGAAAGCAGACCAUAGAUUUGCACAUGGAGUUUGAUGAGCUUAUGGAAAAAUUGAUGAAGGAGCAUGAAGAUCAGACGGGGAAGAGAGAGAAUCAAGAUUUGAUGGAUAUAUUAUUGAAGGCGUGCCAGACUGACGCCAAGAUCAUGAGCAGAACCCAUCUCAAGGCUUUAUUGUUUGAUAUUUUCGUCGGAGGCACUGGAACCUUAGCAGAGGCCAUCGUAUGGGUAAUGGCUGAGCUCAUCAACCGCCCAACUGUAUUCUACAAGCUCAGAGAAGAGAUAAGAUCGGUUGUUGGUAGUACACGACUGGUUGAGGAAUAUGAUGUCGCAAAUCUCCCCUACUUGCAAGCAGUUGUAAAAGAAACACUAAGACUAUAUCCGCCAUUUCCUGUCACAACAAGAGAAUGCCGCCAAAGUUGUAAAAUAGCAGGCCUUGACAUGCCCCAAAAAACUGUGGUGUUAAUCAAUCUGUAUGCCAUAAUGAGAGAUCCAGAGUUAUGGGACAACCCAAAUGAGUUCUUGCCGGAGAGGUUCUUGGUUUCUGACAAAGAACAUAAACAAGAUCGAACUGACGGAGAGGCUUUUCUCAGUUUUGGAGCGGGGAGGAGAGCCUGCCCUGGCUCAAGGCUGGGGUUGAUUAUGAUGCAUGCUGCUGUUGCAGCCAUGGUUCAAUGCUUUGAUUGGAAGUUUCGUGGAGAUGGGCACAGCGGUAAGAUUAAUAUGGCAGUUGGGAAAGGUGUGUUUAUACACUUGGCUCAACCACUGACAUGUCUUCCGGUUGUUCACUUCAAUCCCUUUGCUUCUUGAUCUAACUUCCUGCUGUGGCAAUGGCUUCUCGAAUCCUUCAUGUGCUUCACCUUCACUCCAUCUAAUGCUUAGAAAUAAGAGCAUGCAUGUGUAAACACAUGUAAGGCAUCACGAUCAUAUAUAAUUUAUAUUAUUCGAUCUGCUAUUAAUACUUA